ACUAAACUGAUGUUUAUAACUCAACGUGCGAUGUCGUUUUUGCUAUGUUUGCAGUUUAUUCUUUAGAUUUUGGAGUUUUAGAGAAAUUCGUAUCAAUGUGAUUUAUUACAAUAUAAUCAUUAACAUUUCUAUUAUUAACUGCUGUAAUAUAAAAUAUUACUAGUGCAUGUGGAACAUUCCGCAACGAGUUUAUUCAUUUUCCUCGUAUUGUACGAUAUAAACUCUAAUCAUGUUCAAAAAUGAAGAAAUUCACAUCUUUCCGCAACCAGAAGCAGAUGAUAUACUGACAUUCAACGAGGUGGACUUCCAAAUGUUGAGCACGUAUCUGCCUCAAACACCGGAACUUCUGCAGGAUCCUCAGUUUUGUGAGGAAACUAUGGAUGUGCAGAGGAAGUACGAACAGCCCAUACAGAUUGUACCUGAUUCACCUCUAGGACCUCCCGUGAGAGUUAACUUUGCUGGUGAUGUCAACUUCACUGUGGAAAUAGAUGCCGCCCAUACAAAGAAAAAGAAGUAUUUGUAUUCGCACCGGCUGAACCGCAUCUACGUGGACAUGGGCUGCAACUUCUCGGUGGGGUUCCGGUGGGACGCGGAGCGGCUGUGCGGGCGCGACGUGCUGGUGCGCGCCACCACCGUGUUCGCGGAGCUCGCGCAGGCCGAGAAGCGCGUCGAGCGCUGCUACCAGCACUCGCACGAGUCCUCCAACGCGGGCGCCGAGCGCGCGGUGACCAUGAACGUGCUGCGGUCGGCGCGCGCGGCGGGCGCGGAGGGCGUGUUCUACUGCGGCCGGCCCGAGCGCAGCGACUCGUGGUACUCCGUGGCCGUGCGCCUGCCCGCGCCCGCCGACCUCGCCUACGUGUUCGCCUGCAAGAGCUCCUGCUCCUCCGGCAUCAACCGCCGCCCCAUCAACGUCAUCUUCACGCUCGAGGACAUCUGUGGCAAAGUAUACGGGCGGCAGAGUGUCGGCGCUCGCGUGUGCUCGUGCCCGCGCCGCGACAUGGUGCGCGACGAGGAGGACGCCGAGGUGCCCCGGGGCAAGCGGCCCGCCGCCCCCGCUGCCCCCGCCGCCCCCACUGCCCCCAGUGCCCCGGACAGGAGCAAGAAGGUGCGGCUCGAAGUGGUGGAGAAGGACGACGCUGUGGUGACGCUGCCGUCGAUAGAAGUGGUGGGCGUCCGAACGGCAGUCAUAGGUCUGGAAGUGAUGGUCGGCAUGAUGGAGCAAACCCGGGACGCGAGGGCUAGCUCGCAGCAGCCGUUGGGAGACAUCAACACGCAGAUAAACAACCUGAAGAGCGUCAUAGAUAGCUUGAAGGCGAAGAAGAAGUGAGAGUUAGGUUUCAAUGCACUGGCCGGUGUCGCUUCAGACUACCCUCCGUUUGGUAAAUUUUUUUUGUACGUACAUAAAGAGAUUAUGAAACUGUGUUCCGAUUUUGGGGUUCUAAUUAUAUUUUUUGGAGGUAUAGAAAAAUAAUAUGAAACUACCCUGUUUUUUUCAAUAUCUGCAUUUUUUAACUGUUUUAUACCAGUGCACUUUUAUAAUAAUUUAAGUCUUAGAUUAUGUUUCAAUUUUUUUUUCUUAUUAUGUGUAAGCGAUUUAAGCUCAAUAGCUUUAUUUUUUUACUUAAUUUUUACGAGUAAGUUAUAUUUUCGUUUUAAUUCUUAAAUAAGUAAUUUUAACUGAACACGCCUAUAAAUUUAAGUGCCUUACUAAAAUACUAUAAGACUAAGUGGUAAAUAGCGAAGAAUAUGCGAAUUUAAUGAUGCCGGUGUCUUCCAAAAAAAAAAGUGUUGUCUGAAAAGUAUCUAAAUAAUUUUUUGUCAUAAACAAUGAAAAGUGUAGAGUUACCUGUAGCACGUACCCACCGUUUAUAAUAGAACUACAGAAAUACUUUUCAAAUGGCAAACUGUUAAACCGAUCGCGUGAACGGCAUAAACAUACAACA